GUGUUGAAGUUUGCAGAGCCCUGACCGUUUAAGAAAAGAAGUGAGUGAAUGAUGUGUAAAGUUUCUUCUGUGUGAAUGACAGACUUGUUCUGUUUUUAUGGUUGUUCUCGUGGUUUUCCUGCACAAACAUGGAUUUUGAUGUAAGCUUCUGAGUCAUUCUGUAAAAACAUCAAAUAUUAGCUUGAGGAGCCAAAACUGCUCCCAAAAGUACUGAUGAAAAAUGAAUGUGUCAGCUGGAGCUCGGAAAUAAUUCAGACUUUGACCAGAAUAACUAGAUAAAGACAGCUGUCGGAGCUGAGGUACUCUUCAUGAUUUAUGGAGAGCAGCUUCUGUCAGAUUUAAAUUAAAAAAGUGGAUUUUUGUCAGAGUGACUGAAGAGCUGGGUGUCACGCCUCAGUAAAAACCCAGAGCCAGAUGAAUUCUUUGGGUUGUGUUGUGACUGGAGAGCAGCGCGAGCCCUCCUGACAGCAGGUGCAUCAACAGCCCACACCGGCUGCAGGAUGGUCUGCUUCAUUUGGAGCGCAUCUCUGCUCAGCUGUCUGCUCCUCCCGCGCCUCAUGGGCCCCUAAAAGAUCCCCCCAACUGUCUCCAAAUGGGCUGCCGUGGUUCAGGUGGACUGUGGCCCCCCUUCUGUCAGGAGAAUAGCCUAUUUUCAGACAAGUGUCCUCUUUGGAACCAUGCGUCGUCUCCUAUCUCCUUUUUUACGGCGGCAGGAAAAUAGGCCAUCGAUUGAACUUGUCCCAUUUCAGCUUUGGGCAAAAUUGGAUUUUGAAACGAGCUGCGUUGGGCACCUCUGACCAGCCGGCCCGCGCGGGAGAUCACGAGGAGUGAGACGCAGGUCAGAGUGCGCAACGGCGCAGCCUCGAUUCCUCCGCAGCUUCCGCGCGGCGCGCAGGUGUAGGCGAGGAGGAGAGGAAACGCGCGCAGGACGGACGGAGACGGAGUCUGGGAUGCUCCCUUCCACGUGAAGAGCGAACACUUUCCUGCUGUUGUGCGUGCGGAGCGGAGCGGCGCCUCGGCUUCUCUGGGAGACAAAAGUUUGACUGUUCAAAACAAUGCUGUUCUGCUGCGCGGCUGCUUCUUUGCGCAGAGCUGUGGAUUCCGGCGUGAGUGGCCAGUCAUCACUCGAGGAAUAACUGCCGUUCUUUUGGUCUUUCUUUCGGUGACAGUUACGGCGGAGGGCUUUAAUUCCGCGCGCCAGCUCUCGCUCGGGAUUGCAUCCAUUUGAAUUACCGUCGCGCACCAUCAUGGACUUCCUCGGACUGUACUUUCUGCAGCUGGCUCUGCUGGGAGUCCCACGCCUGGUUCUGUCUGCAGGCGGGAGCGACUGCCUGCAAGCUGGAGACACCUGCUCCAGUGACGACACCUGCAGCCCACGACUGCGCACCCUCCGGCAGUGUGUAGCGGGAGACGGCAGCGUGAAACUGGGGCCCGGGGCGCGCAACCAGUGUGACAAUGCCAUGAAGGCGCUUCUGUCCACACCUCUCCACGGCUGCCAGUGCAAACGUGGAAUGAAGAAGGAAAAGAACUGCCUGAGCAUCUACUGGAGCCUCCACCAGUCGGUGCUGCACGGAUUCAGCCUGGUGGAGAGCUACCCGUAUGAACCAGAGGACAAGGCCUCUGACUACGUCCGCCUGGCCUCCAUCGCUGCAGAGUCUGAGGUAACAACAGUGAACCGCUGCCUGGAUGCUGCCAAGGCAUGUAACAUAGAUGAGACGUGUCACAAGCUUCGCACGGAAUACGUGUCAUCCUGCAUUCAGCCGUCAACACACUCUGGGCCCUGUAACCGACCAAAGUGCAAUAAGGCGCUGAGGAAGUUCUUUGACCGCGUUCCUCCCAACUACACUCACGAGCUGCUGUUCUGCCCGUGCACUGACACGGCAUGUGCGGAGCGCCGCAGGCAAACCAUCGUGCCAUCCUGCUCCUACGAAGAGAAGGAGAAGCCCAACUGCCUGAUGCAGCUGCGGAUCUGCAAGUCAGACUACAUCUGCAGGUCCCGCUGGAGGCAGUUCCAGCACGACUGCGAGCCCUCCGAGCUGAGCGCCAGCGGCUGCAAGCAGGACAACUUCGGAGCAUGUCUCCUGGCCUACAAUGGCCUGAUAGGAAGCACAAUAACACCCAACUAUCUUGACAACUCCACAUCCAACGUGGGGCCCUGGUGCUCGUGCUCAGCAAGUGGGAACUACAGGGAUCAGUGCAGCGACUUCCUCGCUUUCUUCCAAGACAACGUUUGCCUGAAAAAUGCCAUCUCAGCAUUCGGGAACGGCUCAGACGUGAAGACAAGUGAGAGUCAACAAGGGAUGCCCAGUCCGGCUGCAGACAGCCACAGCCCACACUUCUCCACCGCGGCUCCAGGCGUCUCCAUGGAAACAGAGCACAAUGUUCUACGAGCACAGAUACCUACUCAGGUCAAUGAGAACGAAAGAUUGUGGGGCGAUGAAGGUGACUCCACUCUUCCCUCCCUUUCUGGCGGGGGCGUCCAACCCCCCUGCGUCUCCCCGCUGCUCAUCCUGGGCUGGCUGCUGCUCCUGCUGUCCCGUCCGUAAGAGACCCUGAGCUGGCAUCCACAGACUGCGCUCCAGAUCUGGGUGGAAAACGGGGGAGUGAGAUGGAGCCUGACUGGAAAACAUCCAUUUCUUUGUGUCAGAUGAUGUUCGGGGGAGACGGGUCCCCACUUUCCCCCUGUCCUUUGUCACUAAAACCACACUAUCUCUUUUUGUGAAUCAUGACUCAGAGCAGAUGUGUUGUGAACCCUGCGCCCCUGAAAGAGCGCCACCCAAGGGGAAAAAACAGGAAACACACUCGACAUACCCAGCUUCACGCCUGCCCGGGCACAAACUCUGACACCAACAACGCCGUCGCUCAUCUGACAGGAACGUCCACGCCUCAGAACAUGCACAGAAGAGAGACGCUGAAGGUGUGGUGCCGGAUAUGUCAAAAGAUAAACAUAUAAAUAUAUAAAUAUAUGAAAAUAUAUACAAAACUCUUCUGUUCUCGAACAUUCCUUGAUGUAAAAAAAUAAAUGUCAAGAGUUCUUCUCUCAGAUGAAGAUGGAGAGAUUUUUGGUGGAAUGUGCGUGAUGGUGAACACACAGCACUCUGUCCAUUCAGCUUUAUUUUCAUGCCUCAUUUGCUUUCUAAAUGAAUGUUAGACGUGUCACAGGAGUCACGGCACAAACACAUUCCCAGGUUUUUGUGAGAACAUUUUAACAAGAUCAGGCAGAGGACCUACAGUACUUUAGCAGACCUUUUUCAAUGCUUUAGAUCAUUUGGUAUGAAAAGAUGUCUCUUGUAAAUUCUUGGUUUGCCACUUUGGAAGGAAAGUCUUCAUCUAUGCGUUCAUUAAGCUUUAAGUGUGAGGCCUGCUGAGUCGUUCCCGUCUCAAGUGUUAAAAAAAACAAAAAAAUAUUGUGUUUGUGAUGAUGCAGCAGGAGAUGGACACAACUUUCUAUUUUUUAAAUAUAUGUGAACUCUGUCUCAAAUAAACGGAACGUCGGAUGUGUCCGCGGCGCCCCCUGUCUGCCGGGACCCCAUCAGCUGGACAUGACGGCUCAAAGUGUGUCACAGUUAAAUGUUCUGCUGGGGCAGUUUGUGGCAGAAUUCAGAAUGAAGCCAAACACAGGAGAGACAUCAACAACAUCCAUUUCAGUUUAAUGAAAUUAUCCUCAAGACGCCCUCAGAAGAGCAGAUGGAAAAGGGCCAGUUCACCCACGGCAUACGCAAGAGAGACAGUCUCUGUUCUCAUGGCCCACUUUGGUUCUGGUCAAAAUAAAUAUUUUGUUGGAUUAUUGAAGCCAAAGCUCCACUGUGAACCUCUAAAAACAUUCAUUGUUUUUGUUUCUUAUGUGUGAUGUGUUUUCUGGAUGUUCUAAAUUCAAAUUCAGACCUUUAAUUUCCACUUUAAGGCGAUUCCCAUUCACUGACCACUGUAUUAGGCUCACUCAUUGACACAAACAGCUGAUCAAACGAAAGUGCAAAAGUGGACAAUAGCAGAGUAGAAAAGUGUCAGGAUUUUAGCUUCAACUUCCAGAUGUUUGGAUCAGAUUAUCAGAAAUAUAAAACAUGGAUUCAUCCAGUCUUGUAUGGACAGCUCUGGCUGCUGCUGCUGCUGGUGGUGGUGGUGGUGUAGUGGUUUGGGGGAUAUUUUCGGGCCCAACAUUUCUAACUGUGUUGUAGCUGAUCACAUCCAUCCCAUCAUGUUUUCAAUUUCAUAAAUCUUCUUUUUGGCAUUUAAAGCUCAGAUCAUCUUCAGCAGGUUUCCUGAACUGACCCUCAUCACCAGACCUCAGCUCAGUAGAGAAUCCCUUGAGUUGAGGGAAAGCGGGAGAUUGCGCAGCAACUGUGUGAUGCUUUCAUGCCAGAGUGAACCAUAACUUCAGAGGAUGGUUUCAGCUCCUUCAACCUCAAACGAUUCAUUCAGAUCUGAAGGUAAACAGAGGUGGAACCCAUUACAAAUGCAGAAAGGGUGAACGCUGUGUAUCAGAAACAUGGUUUAUGGCUUAAAAGUGAACACUCCUUAAAAUCAUUUUAAGUGUUUAAAAAUGCUAAUUUUAAAGCAGCAUUGCAAGUGAUUCACCAAAACUAAGAGAGUUUAUUAAAAAGAAAGCUAAAAUCCAACACAAUCCACCAAUGUUCAGAAUAGAGUUGCCCCAACCGAUUAUUUUCAUAGUAGACUAAUCACUGAUUGUUUUUUUCUGAUUAGUCGACUAAUCGGGUCAUGCACAAAGUGGAAGAAAAGCACACAUCUUAACAAUCAUUAGAUUUGAAUUAACUAAAAAUAAAGAUAAUUAAGAUGAUAGUUUAUUAAACCUUUAAUGAAUCAUGCAGCUUCUGUCCUUCGUUAGUUUCUGGGAUUAAAGCAAGAUAAAAUGGAAUGAGAGAUAUAAGGAAUAUACUUUCCAUCAAACUCAUUUUGACAGGUGCCCCGCCCCUCAAGAUGAUGUAACAAUUUAAUAUAAAUUCUAUUUAUAGAUGGUAUAUAGGGUCAAAGGUCACCUGUCAACAUGAGUUUGAUGGAAAGUAUAUUCCUGAUCUCUCUAAUAAAGUUGGCAUCUGAAACAAGGAAGUGUUUUUCACUGCAGAUAAAGUUUUUGGUCUCAAUGACUCAAAAAUAACAAAAUAACAUUUUUUGGUGCUGAACCCUCACAACUUUGUCCAAAUGUAUUAUACUUUGACUCCUUAUAAUAUAAAGUAAUGACUAAUCGACUAUUAAAUUAGUUGUGGACUAUUCUAAUUAGUCGUCUAAUUGUGGCAGCUCUAGUUCAGAACAUAUUGUUUAAUAUAUUUAAGUCUCACUCUGAUCAUCUUUUGACCUAUUGUAAAAAUCUUCCCAUUGUUUUUUUUUUUUUAAUAGUAUAAUUGUUCCGUUUUUAGCCAAAAUCUAAAAACUUGUGUUGUUUUCUAGAACAUAGUUUCUGCAAAGCGGCAGGAGUCCAUUCACCUCUGAGUUGUUACUAUGGAGAAAGUCCGCAUCCUUCCCAUCAUCCAUCUAUUUACACAUUCUCCCACUAGCUUACAGCCCCUCACUCCCCCAACCAACAUUACUGAUGCAACAAAAUGGUGAUGAAUAUCAGAGCUAUCCAGCUGUACAGCUUAGAUCCAGAUGUUUUCAUCACACAUUUUUUACCAGUGGCUUCUUUUCAUCUGCUCCUGAUUCCCUACAAUAUGAUUAAAGAAAUACUCAGAAAUUGAGUUUUAGGCUCAAUUUUGUUUAUACAUGUCCUCCAUCAUGAGAAUAAUGUCACAAGAACAUAUUAAAAUAGGAAAAUCCCGACUGUCAUCAGCAUGGGUGUUAAAGGAGAGCAGAUUGAAGGAGCGCGUCUCAUGAAAGGAUGUGGCUGCAGUGUUUUAGUUGAUCUGCUGCUUUGGGAGCGACUGAAGUGUGUUUGGCUGAACUGGCCCUUUGAGUUUGUCACAGUUGUGGUGAUGACAGGGCAAAGGUUCCACCCCAUGAUGAAUCUUCUGAGGCCAUGACCUUCAUAUUGACCUUUUUGUUACAUGCAUCAUGUAAUUGUAAGGAUGUUAUAAUAUAGUGUAUACUGUAAGCUACACAGUGUAUGCCAUAUCUAUGAUGUCUGGAGUGGACUAUUCAUACCUUGGGUAUAAAUAAAAUGGGAUUUAACCAAAUAUUUUCUUUGAGUGUCAAACAGUUUCAAUUUCUUCUGACGCAUACAAACAUGCGCAUCAAAAACUUGAAUAAAUGGGACCCCUGGUGUAAACAAA